CAACGAGCCCGGCUCCAGUCCGUUCCCCUUCUCGGCUUCGGAUCCUCCCAUUUCCCCCACAGCCGGCGGCGAGAAAUCGAAUCGAGCGCGAGCAGCCGGCGGCGAUGGCGUGGCGUGGCACCCUGUCCAGGAGCGUGAAGGAGAUCCGCGUCCUCUUCUGCCAGUCCUCCCCGGCCAGCGCCGCCGCCAGGGAGUUCGUGAAGAAGAACUACGGGGACAUCAAGUCGCGCAACCCCUCCCUCCCCUUCCUCGUGCGCGAGUGCUCCGGCGUCCAGCCCCAGCUGUGGGCGCGCUACGAAAUGGGUGUGGAGAGAUGCGUGAACUUGGAUGGCCUGACGGAAGCGCAGAUUGAUAAGAAGCUGGAGGAGCUCGCCAAGGCCGGAGAGUCUGCCAAAGCCAAGUAAUAUUGGAGGUCCCACAAUCUCUCGCCAUAAUGUUCACAAAUAAGUGAAACUUUAGCAGUGGGUUUCCUGCUGUCAUGACUUCGGUGCUAAGAAUGAAAUGAAAUCUUGGGUUUGUAUAACUUAAUGCGAGGAAGAUAGAAUGUUAUUCACAUGUUUGCUACACAUUCUUCUUGAGUUAUGCAAAUUUCAUUGGUUCACCAGUAUCUAUA